AUGUGUUUCUUCGAUGAAUUUUAUAUUUGCUUAUGCAGUCUCAAACGUUAUCCCAGUUGUUUCAAGUUGAAACAUAUUCCUAAACAAUGUCGAAAUAAUCUUUAUUGUCAAAAUGGCGCUGAAUGUUGGCUAGAUGAUAUUAAGUGUCCCACAGUAACCAUAUGCGUUUGUACUGAUUGUUUCUUCGGUGAUCGAUGUCAAUUUUAUGCAAAAGGUAUUGGAUUAACACUUGAUGAUAUAUUACGUUAUGAAAUAAAACCAAAUGCAGCGUUCAAUAGUCAGACUAAUUUUAUUAAAUGGAAUUCAGCAUUUACGAUGCUUAUAUUAGUUGUCGGAUGGAUCAAUAGUGUUCUCUCUAUUGUUACAUUUCGUAACAAAAUUUCAAGAGAAGUUGGUUGUGGAAUCUAUAUUCUAGCAUCAUCCAUUACUUCGUUUUGCACGGUGACUAUUUUUGCAUUCAAAUUCUGGUUUCUAGUUGUGACUCUAAUUGAUCCAUUAAUCAAUCGUUCGUUCGUUCGUUCGGGGUGGUUGCAGAGUAUUGGAUUUCUUAAUUAA